AAAACAGUUACUAAUCAUUAAACAUAAUCUUUUCUAUGGCUAUGAUGCAAACUUUGCACGUGUUCUGUAUGUAUAACAUAGAGGUGAACACGAACAUGAAUGGUGUAACUGUUAUAUAUAGAUAGUUACAAUCUUUUGAAUAUCAUCAUGCUACAAAAUAUUUACAGCCCUAUUAAGAUAUAUAACUGCAUAAAGAAUUUAGUUGAUUAAAUAGUUAAUAUUGAAUUUAAAAAGAUGUUGAUGUUUCGAAUUACAUCUGCUUCAAGGCAGUCAACAAAUAGUUUCUUGGGAUCAUUACAUAUGAAUCAAAUUUGUAAAUCAUAUUUAAAGGUAUUUAAUAAAGCUCAGACAGUGUUUUAUAGUAAUUUAAGAGAAAAAUCAAUUUUUGUAACAUCAAAUAAAUUUAAAGAAAUAAAUAAUCAUGAUAAUAAUAGGAUAAAUCAGCAUGGACAGCAAAAUAUGGAUUUUCAUAAAAAUGCAUUAAAUUUUCAGCAUUCAAUGAGAAAAAUACAAGACACUGAAAAUGGGAAAUCAAAUUCUGUGUCAACUCUAGAUGCUAUUUAUCAGGCUGUCGAUAACGAAUUGAACCAAAAGUGCCUAUCAAUCUCAUUCUCAACACUGCAAAAUGAACAGGGCAAGAAUAUGGUGAAAUGCAGUAUUGACAUUAAAUGGCCUCAGGAUAUGUCAUUUUCUUAUGAGGCAGACAAUAAGAAAACUGCUAAACAGAUUGCAGCAAGGAUGUGUUUACAAUGGCUUGAUAAAAAUAGGAAAAUUAAGAAACAAAAACCUGUAUUGUACAGUUACAAAGAUAUUCAACGUAUUUCAGAAGAACAAAAAUCUGUUGAAAUAAAUCUUGAGUCAGAAUUUAAAAAUGAGAUACAAACUUUAAUACAUACAUUUAAACAAGCCAUACAACCAAUAAUAAAAGAGCAACCUAUGAUUGAUUCUGAAGCAAAUAAUUCAGACGAAAAACAAUUUAAGUAUGAAGCAAACACAUCUUUUUAUCAAGAACGUAAUUCUAGAUUAGCAAAACAAUUAAAAAAUAGAGAAAAUAAAAUAUGUAAUUUACCUAUUUCUAACUAUAGGCAAGAAAUACUUGACAUAUUGAAAUCUGAUCAAGUACUAUUAAUUAAGGGAAAUACUGGUUGUGGAAAAAGUACUCAAGUUGCACAAUUUAUUAUGGAUGAAUAUACAAAAGAAAAUCGAGCAUGUGAAUGUAAUAUUAUUGUGACACAACCUCGUAGAGUUGCAGCAAUUUCUUUAGCUUAUCGUGUUGCAUCGGAAAGAAAUGAGAAAAUGGGGGAUGUAAUUGGCUAUCACAUACGGUUUGAUAACAUAAAACCAAAACUGCAUGGUUCUAUUAUAUUUUCUACAUCUGGCAUAUUACUGCGAAUGCUGGAAAGCAAUCCUACUUUAGAAGGAAUAUCGCACGUGAUUAUAGAUGAAGCUCACGAGAGAAGUGUACACAAUGAUAUUUUACUAAAAUUAAUGAAAGAAAUAUUGCAAAAAAAUCAAUCUAUAAAAUUACUUAUUAUGUCUGCAACUAUAAAUGAAAGUUUAUUUCAACAAUACUUUUCCUGCAAGGUUAUUGAUAUUCCAGGAAAAUUAUAUCCUGUAAAAAUGCACUUUAAAGAAGAUAUUCAGAUUUUUCAAAGCAAAUUGAAAAAACAUGGUUUAAUAGAAUUAAGAAUUCCUUUUGGCGAAAUAGUACAAUUAGUACAGUGGAUUGUUAAAAAUAAACCACCUGGAUGUAUUUUAUGUUUUCUCCCAGGCUGGCAGGAAAUUAAACGGCUACACAAUUUACUUAAAAAUGCAGGGAUUGCAAAUUUAUUGAUAUUACCGCUUCAUUCGAAAGUGUCACAUGAAAAUCAACUUGAAGUUUUUGACCCAGCACCUAAAAAUAUGACAAAAGUCAUUUUAGCUACAGACAUUGCAGAAUGUAGCGUUACUAUUGAAGACGUCUGUUACGUUAUAGAUACUGCUAUUAAAAGAGAAUAUCAAUGGUAUGAAAACGACACUGAACCCGUAUUGACAUUUAGUUUGGUAUCAAAAGCAAAUAUUGAUCAAAGAAAAGGACGAGCCGGACGCACUAGACCUGGUGAAAGUUAUCAUUUAAUUACAAAGAAAGAAUACGACACAUUGGAUUUGGAUCCCAAACCAGAAAUAUUUACAGAACCGUUGGAGGCUACAAUUAUUACUAUAAAAAAACUCAGUAACGAGAAAGUAAACGAUUUUUUUAGCAAUAUGCUUCAAUCACCUAGUAGUAAAUCGAUAUGUAAUGCUCUAAAAAAUCUGAAGGCACUUGGAUUUCUUGACGAUGAUGAAAAUCUUACAGACUUAGGAAAGCGUGCAUCGCAUUUUUCAUUAGAUCCAAAACUAAGUAAAGCAAUAGUGUUGUCUUAUGUUUUCCAAUGUGUAAAGCCGAUAUUAUCAUUAGUCUCUAUACCGUUUGGCGAGAGUUCUACUGUUUCAUUAGACGAAAAAUUAAGCGAAAAAUCAAGCAUUAAAUCACAGAAACUUAAGUUUCAUAAAACAAGCGAUCAUAUCGCUAUGUUACAAUAUUACAAUCAUUGGUCGUCACCUGAUAAUAAGUUUGAAAAUAUUUUUGCACCUUCAUAUUUUCAUACUGCGAAACAAUUGCAGAAACUGCAUGCGUCUGAACUUAUAAGUAGCGGAUUGUUUACUUCAUCAUUCGACAGUAAUAGUAUAAAUAUGUUCUGUAAUAAUUAUGAAUUAAUUCGGGCAAUAUUGUUUGCAGCAACUAAUCAUUUAAUAAAAAGAAAUGCGUAUGGAUAUAAAGGCUAUUACACCAAAUAUGCAAAUACCUUAAGAUCUGAAGAUUCUACAGUAGUCGAGGUUAAUAACGAUAGUGUCAACCAUAAUAGGAAAAUGUGGCCAAGCGAAGUAAUGACCUAUUUGAGAAAGAGAAGAGUGUCUAGAUUGUACACAAUUUCUGAAACGAGCAUGUUAACACCUUUAUCAGUUUUGUUAUUUAGUCAUAAUGACAUUCAAUGCUUUAAGGAUACGGAAAACUGUCCUAAUGAACAGGAAAAAAUCUAUAUUAAACUAAACAAUAUCGACAACGUAGAAUUUUGUUGCGACGAAGAAACGGCAAAACUACUAUUACAGUUUCGAACUAUAAUAUGGAAUCUAGUAGAUUAUAUAAUUAAAUACCAAGGUGUAAAUACUAAUGAAGAUAAUUUGAAAGCAGUUAAAUCUUAUAAAACAAAAGUAAUGACUGUCCUUGCAAAUAUGUUAGAAAAAUCAUCAACGAAUAUCGAUUCUAGUACUGAAUGUUAGUAAUAAAUUAUUAAUAUUAUUUAAUAAAUCCUCCUUACUGUUUAAAUAGUAUAAAAGAUUAUUCUGUAGAUAUGUAGAAAUACCUUGAUACAACAGACAUUAUUAAAUUUAUGGACAAAAACUGGUGAACAUUGUAAAGUUCUUAAAAUUAUUUAUUACGUAUUGUAUCUUUAUUUUUAUUGUACAAUCUCUUGUAAUGUUAAACCACAAUAGUAU